AUGACAGAUCCCAUGAUGGACUUUUUUGAUGAUGCCAAUCUGUUUGGUGAGACCUUAGAAGGUUUGCCAGAUGAUGCAUUUGUGCAACCAGGACCUGUUUCACUAGUUGAUGAAUUGAACUUGGGUGCAGAAUUUGAACCUUUGCACAUAGACUCACUGAAUCAUGUUCAAGGUACUCCAACACAUCAGAAGAUGACUGAUUAUGAACAGUUAAAUCAGUUUGAUUCAAUGAAAUUUCACCAAGUUAAUCAGUCUUUUGGUAGCCCAGCUGAACAUGUGUUAUCACCACACUCUCAGUUUAAUUGUUCUCCAAUCCACCCCCAGAACCAACCGAAUGGUUUGUUUCCAGAUGUAGCAGAUGGCAGUCCUAUGUGGGGCCAUCAGACAGCUACUAGCAUUUCAAAUCAAAAUGGGUCUCCUUUUCACCAACCAGGACAUUCUCACUCUAUGCAUCAAACUAAAAGCUUUGUGGCACACCAUGACUUUGCCUUAUUUCAGGCCAAUGAACAACAAACACAGUGCACUUCGCUACGCUCCCAACAAAACAGAAAUAAUCUUAACCCAGGGCAAAAUUCUCUUAGUCAGUCUAAAACUUUCAUGGAUGUUAAUGUUUCUGGUCCACACAGAGUCAGUGUUAAUCAUCCACCACAAAUGAAUAAUGCAUCUACUUCACAACAGUCCCUUUCGAUGCAGCAGUUUUCCCAAACAUCAAACCCUUCAGUACACUUCCUCAAGUGUAGCAGUCACCAAGAAGGUAAUUUUAAUGGACCUUCUCCAAAUAUGACUUCUUGUUCUGUCAGUAAUUCACAGCAGUUUUCUUCACAUUAUUCCUUUUCCAAUAGUCAUGUGUCACCAAAUAGUCUUCUUCAACCCUCUGCAGUUCUUGCACCUAAUCAUACAAAUCAGACUUUGUCUGAUUUUACUGGGAGUAAUUCCUUUUCACCUCAUAGGGGAAUCAAGCAAGAAUCGACUCAGCAUAUGCUAAAUCCUAAUACAUCGUUGAAUUCAAGUACCUUCCAAAUGUUGCAUUCGUCACAUCCUCAGGGUAAUUACAAUUCAAAGUUGUCUCCUGUGCACGUGAGCUUCCCAGAUCCUGUGGACUCAGGAGCUCAGAUGGGCCACUUCAGUGAUCAUGUAGAAACUAACGGCUUUUCGUCUUUGGAAGAGAAUUUACUUCAUCAAGUGGAGUCUCAAACUGAGCCAUUCACAGGACUGGACCCAGAAGACCUCCUGCAGGAGGGGCUCCUUCCCCAGUUUGAUGAGUCAGCAUUUGGGCAGGAUAAUUCAAGUCAUGUUUUAGAUCAUGACCUUGAUCGGCAAUUUACUUCACAUCUUGUAACACGGCCUUCUGAUAUGGUUCAAACUCAGUUGCACAAUCAGGCUCGGAGUUGGCAUUCAUCACUUUCUAAUCAUCAGCAUUUACAUGAUAGAAAUCGCCUGUGUUUACAGCGACAGCCUCCAUCUUCCAAGAAGAGUGAUGGUUCUGGGACAUACACUAAGUUGCAGAAUACCCAGGUGAGGAUCAUGUCCGAGAAGAAGCAGAGAAAAAAGGUGGAAUCAGAAAGCAAGCAAGAAAAGGCUAAUCGUAUAAUAUCAGAGGCCAUAGCAAAAGCAAAGGAGCGAGGGGAACGCAAUAUUCCACGGGUAAUGAGCCCUGAAAACUUCCCUAGUGCUUCAGUUGAAGGGAAAGAGGAAAAGAAAGGAAGAAGGAUGAAAACCAAGCCAAAGGACAAAGAGAGCAAAAAAACAAAAACUUGUUCUAAGUUAAAAGAGAAGACAAAAAUUGGAAAACUCAUUAUUACAUUGGGUAAGAAACAAAAGAGAAAGAAUGAGUCUUCAGAUGAAAUAUCUGAUGCAGAGCAGAUGACACAGCAUGCAUUCAAAGAGGAAGACUCUCAAAAAAGAAGAUCAAAUCGACAAAUUAAAAGGAAAAAAUAUGCAGAGGAUGCAGAAGGGAAACAAUCUGAAGAAGAGGUUAAAGGCUCUAUGAAACUAAAAAAGAAUUCAGCUCCUUUGCCUGGUGAACAGCCUUUACAGUUAUUUGUGGAGAAUCCGAGUGAAGAAGAUGCUGCAAUUGUGGACAAGAUACUGUCUUCUAGAACUAUUAAAAAAGAAAUAUCACCUGGAGUGAUGAUUGAUACAGAAGAAUUUUUUGUAAAAUACAAGAAUUACUCUUAUCUUCACUGUGAAUGGGCCACAGAACAGCAGCUUCUGAAAGAUAAAAGGAUCCAGCAGAAAAUCAAACGAUUCAAAUUGAGACAAGCACAAAGAGCACACUUUUUUGCAGACAUGGAAGAAGAACCAUUUAACCCAGACUACGUUGAAGUAGACAGAGUGUUAGAAGUCUCUUUUUGUGAAGAUAAAGAUACUGGCGAGCCUGUUAUUUACUAUUUAGUAAAGUGGUGCUCAUUACCGUAUGAAGAUAGUACUUGGGAACUAAAAGAAGAUGUAGAUCUUGCAAAAAUAGAAGAGUUUGAGCAAUUGCAAGCUUUAAGGCCUGACACAAGACAUUUGGAUCGUCCUCCUCCUAAUAUUUGGAAAAAAAUAGAUCAAUCCAGGGAUUAUAAAAAUGGCAAUCAACUCAGGGAAUACCAACUGGAAGGACUCAACUGGCUCUUAUUUAAUUGGUACAAUAGACGAAACUGCAUUUUAGCAGAUGAAAUGGGUCUUGGCAAAACCAUUCAAUCAAUUACAUUCCUCUACGAAAUCCUUCUGACUGGUAUAAGAGGACCUUUCCUGAUUAUUGCUCCACUUUCUACUAUUGCAAACUGGGAGAGAGAAUUUCGUACGUGGACUGAUAUUAAUGUUGUGGUUUAUCAUGGGAGCCUGAUUAGCAGACAAAUGAUACAGCAAUAUGAGAUGUACUUCAGGGACUCACAGGGGCGGAUUAUUCGAGGAGCUUACAGAUUCCAAGCCAUCAUCACCACUUUUGAAAUGAUUCUUGGAGGCUGUGGAGAGCUUAAUGCAAUUGAAUGGCGAUGUGUAAUUAUUGAUGAAGCACAUAGGUUAAAAAAUAAAAACUGUAAACUUCUAGAAGGUCUGAAGCUCAUGAAUCUGGAACACAAGGUGCUUUUGACUGGCACACCUCUCCAAAAUACAGUUGAAGAACUAUUCAGUCUUCUUCACUUUCUGGAGCCCCUAAGGUUUCCUUCUGAAUCAACAUUUAUGCAAGAAUUUGGGGAUCUGAAAACAGAGGAACAGGUGCAGAAACUUCAGGCUAUCUUGAAACCAAUGAUGUUGAGACGAUUGAAAGAAGAUGUGGAAAAGAAGUUGGCACCUAAGGAAGAAACCAUCAUUGAAGUAGAACUUACUAACAUUCAGAAGAAAUACUACCGGGCUAUUCUGGAGAAAAACUUUUCAUUUUUAUCCAAAGGAGCAGGGCAGACUAAUGUACCCAACCUGGUCAAUACCAUGAUGGAGCUCAGGAAGUGCUGUAAUCACCCGUAUCUCAUCAAAGGUGCUGAGGAAAAAAUACUUGGAGAAUUUAGAGAUACAUAUAAUCCAGCUGCUUCUGACUUUCAUCUUCAAGCAAUGAUCCAGUCUGCUGGUAAAUUGGUCCUUAUUGAUAAAUUGCUUCCCAAAAUGAAAGCAGGAGGUCAUAAAGUGCUCAUCUUCUCUCAGAUGGUACGCUGCCUAGAUAUCCUGGAGGACUAUCUUAUACAUAAAAGAUAUUUAUAUGAGCGAAUUGAUGGAAGAGUCAGAGGGAAUCUUCGACAAGCUGCUAUAGAUCGAUUUAGUAAACCUGAUUCAGAUCGAUUUGUCUUUCUUCUGUGUACCCGAGCUGGUGGGUUGGGCAUCAACUUAACUGCAGCUGAUACAUGUAUAAUUUUUGAUUCUGAUUGGAAUCCUCAAAAUGACCUUCAGGCCCAAGCUCGUUGUCACAGAAUUGGUCAGAAUAAAGCAGUUAAAGUCUACCGACUAGUGACUCGUAACUCAUAUGAAAGAGAGAUGUUUGACCGAGCCAGUCUGAAACUGGGUCUAGAUAAGGCUGUGUUACAGAGCAUGAGUGGAAGAGAAAGUAAUGUUGGUGGUAUUCAACAGCUUUCCAAAAAGGAAAUAGAAGAUCUGCUUCGAAGAGGUGCUUAUGGUGCCAUUAUGGAAGAAGAAGAUGAAGGCUCUAAAUUCUGUGAAGAAGAUAUUGAUCAGAUUUUACUACGUCGUACAAAAACCAUUACAAUUGAGUCAGAAGGACGUGGGUCAACAUUUGCCAAGGCAAGUUUUGUGGCAUCUGGAAACCGAACAGAUAUUUCAUUAGAUGAUCCCAACUUCUGGCAAAAAUGGGCGAAAAAGGCAGAAAUAGAUAUAGAUGCCAUCAGUGGUAGAAACAGCUUGGUUAUUGACACUCCAAGAAUUAGGAAGCAAACAAGACCCUUCAGUGCCACAAAAGAUGAGUUAGCUGAAUUAUCUGAACCUGAAAGUGAAGGAGAUGAAAAGCCCAAACUUCGGAGACCCUGUGAGCGUUCGAAUGGCUAUGGAAGAACUGAAUGCUUUAGAGUAGAGAAAAAUCUGCUAGUUUAUGGAUGGGGCCGAUGGAGGGAGAUUCUGUCUCAUGGCCGUUUUAAAAGGCAGCUAAACGAGCACGAUGUAGAAAUCAUCUGCCGAGCCCUCUUGGCAUAUUGCCUUGUUCACUACCGAGGAGACGAGAAAAUUAAAGGCUUCAUAUGGGAUCUCAUUACUCCAACUGAAGAUGGGCAGACACGAGAGCUACAGAAUCAUCUAGGACUGUCAGCCCCGGUACCGAGAGGUCGAAAAGGAAAGAAAGUAAAGACUCAAACAAGCUCAUUUGAUAUACAAAAAGCAGAAUGGCUUCGAAAAUACAAUCCUGAACAACUACUUCAAGAUGAAGGCUACAAAAAACAUAUAAAACACCACUGUAAUAAAGUUUUGCUUCGUGUAAGAAUGCUGUAUUAUCUAAAACAAGAAGUCAUUGGAAAUGAGUGUCAGAAAGUUUUUGAUGGAGUUGAUGCAAGUGACAUUGAUGUUUGGGUCCCAGAACCAGACCACUCAGAAGUUCCAGCUGAGUGGUGGGAUUUUGAUGCUGAUAAGUCACUCCUUAUUGGAGUUUUUAAACAUGGUUAUGAGAAGUAUAACACUAUCCGAGCAGACCCAGCAUUGUGCUUUUUGGAACGAGUAGGAAAACCUGAUGAGAAAGCAGUUGCUGCGGAACAGAGGGCAAAUGAUUAUAUGGAUGGGGAUGUGGAAGAUCCAGAAUACAAACCUGCCCCAGCUGUCUUUAAAGAUGAUAUAGAGGAUGAUGUUUCCUCACCGGGAGAUCUUGUUAUAGCAGAUGGAGAUGGUCAGCUGAUGGAGGGUGACAAAAUUUAUUGGCCUACUCAGUCAGCUUUAACUACCCGUUUGAGGCGUCUCAUUACUGCCUAUCAGCGUACUAAUAAAAACAGACAAAUCCAACAGAUACAAAUCCAACAAGAUCCAACUUUCCCUGUGCCUGCCAGUGUUAUGCAGCCUCUUUAUGAAGAAGCCACUCUUAACCCUAAAAUGGCAGCCAAGAUAGAAAGACAGCAGAGAUGGACAAGAAGAGAAGAAGCUGAUUUUUACAGAGUUGUAUCUACAUUUGGAGUGGUAUUUGAUCCUGACAGAGGCCAGUUUGAUUGGACAAAAUUUAGGGCUAUGGCUCGGCUACAUAAGAAAACUGACGAUAGCUUGGAGAAAUAUCUGUACGCUUUCAUGUCUAUGUGUCGGAGGGUUUGUCGUCUUCCUUCCAAAGAAGAAUUGGUGGAUCCAAGUAUUUUUAUCCAGCCAAUCACAGAAGAACGUGCUUCUCGGACUUUAUAUCGCAUUGAACUUCUAAGGAAAGUAAGGGAACAGGCCCUCCGACAUCCACAAUUGUUUGAGCGCUUGAAGCUUUGCCAUCCAAAUCCAGACUUACCAGUCUGGUGGGAAUGUGGCUCUCAUGAUAGGGACUUGCUCAUUGGAGCUGCUAAACACGGGGUGAGCCGAACAGACUAUCACAUUCUUCGGGACCCUGAACUCUCAUUUAUGGCCGCUCAGAGGAACUACAGUCAAAGUAAGAUGGCUCAUUCAAGGACUUCUACCCCACUUUUACAGCAAUAUCAAGUAGCACUUUCUGCUUCUCCUCUUACCUCUCUACCUAGGCUCCUAGAUCCUAAAGCUGUUAUUCUAGAGGAUGUGAAAGUUAAAAGUGAAAACCUUAAAGAGGAGCCUCAGUCUUCUGAAGAAGAGUCUAUGUCUUCUGAGGAAACCAGGACACUAAUAAAGUCUGAGCCUGUAAGUCCAAAGAAUGGUGUUUUACCACAGGCUACUGGAGACCAGAAAUCUGGUGGAAAAGGUGAAACAGACAGACGCAUGGUUGCAGCCAGAACAGAGCCUCUAACUCCAAACCCAGCUUCUAAGAAGCAGCGAGUCCACAAAAGAGGAUCAGAGUCUAGUUCUGAUUCUGACUCUGAUUCUGAGAGAUCGUCCUGUUCUUCCAGAUCAUCUUCUUCCUCGUCUUCCUCCUCUUCGUGUUCCCACUCUCGAUCAGGCUCUAGCUCUUCUUCUUCCUCCUCUUGUUCUUCAGCAUCAUCUUCAUCCUCAUCCUCAUCUUCCUCUUCCUCAUCCUCCUCCUCAUCUUCGUCAGAAGAAAGUGACAGUGAAGAAGAGGAAGUCCAAAAGCGAGCAGAAGGUGCUCCUCACAUGAAAGCCUACGAUGAAGAAAGCGUCGCAUCACUGAGCACUACCCAGGAUGAGACCCAGGAUAGUUUCCAGAUGAACAAUGGGACAGCAGAGUCUGCUUACAUCCUACAGGGUGGAUACAUGCUGGCAGCAUCAUAUUGGCCAAAGGAUCGUGUGAUGAUCAACCGGCUGGACAGUAUUUGUCAAACAGUCCUGAAAGGGAAGUGGCCUUCAGCUAGAAGAAGUUACGAUGCCAGCGCAGUGGCUUCUUUCUACACCACAAAGCUGCUGGACAGCUCUGGUGCAGCCACAGAGUAUAGCGAGCCCAGCGCGCCCCCUCCUGCAGGUGCUGCAGUCAAAGAAGAACACGAUCAGUCAACACAGAUGUCAAAGGUGAAGAAGCAUGUACGAGAAAAGGAGUUUACAGUGAAAAUCAAAGACGAAGGUGGUUUGAAGUUGACAUUUCAGAAGCAAGGGCUCACUCAGAGAAAGCCACUGGACAGUGAAGACUGUGCUCCUGGGCAGCAGCAGUACCUCACUAGACUUCGGGACCUCCAAGGUGCGUCAGAGAGCAGCCUCGCCAGUUUCCCAAAAUCCAUACCACUCUCAGGUACUCCCAUUCAAUCAACCCUUGGUGCCAAUGGAAUUUUAUUAGACAACCAGCCUGUAGUCAAAAAAAGGCGGGGAAGGAGGAAGAAUGUAGAAGGUGUUGACAUCCUCUUUUUUAACAGAAAUAAACCACCUAAUCAUGUUGCGUUAGGCUUAACCACCUCACAGAUUUCUACAGGGAUAAAUCCAGCACUAUCCUAUACUCAACCUCAAGGAAUUCCUGAUACAGAAACUCCUGUUCCAGUUAUUAACCUUAAAGAUGGGACAAGACUUGCAGGCGAUGAUGCACCGAAGAGAAAGGAUUUGGAAAAGUGGCUUAAGGAGCACCCAGGUUAUGUGGAAGAUUUAGGAGCUUUUAUUCCUAGAAUGCAACUCCAUGAGGGGAGACCCAAACAAAAAAGGCAUCGUUGCAGAAACCCCAAUAAAUUAGACGUUAAUAGUCUCACCGGAGAAGAACGUGUUCAGCUGAUUAACAGAAGAAAUGCCAGAAAGGUUGGAGGUGCAUUUGCUCCCCCUCUGAAAGAUUUGUGUCGGUUCCUGAAAGAAAAUGCAGAAUAUGGAGUAGCUCCUGAAUGGGGAGAUGUUGUUAAGCAGUCCGGAUUUCUUCCAGAAAGUAUGUAUGAACGUAUUCUCACUGGUCCCGUGGUAAGAGAGGAAGUAAGCAGGCGAGGGAGACGACCUAAAAGUGGAAUUGCAAAGGCCACAGCGGCAGCAGCAGCUGCAACUGCCACCAGUAUUUCAGGCAAUCCUUUGCUAGCCAAUGGAUUACUUCCAGGUGUGGACCUCUCAACUCUUCAGGCCUUACAACAAAACCUACAAAACUUGCAAUCACUGCAAGUGACUGCAGGGCUGAUGGGAAUGCCUGCUGGCCUUUCUUCUGGAGGAGAAGCUAAAAACGUGGCCGCCAUGUUCCCCAUGCUGCUGUCGGGAAUGACUGGGUUGCCAAAUCUGUUGGGCAUGGGAGGGCUCCUGACAAAGCCGACAGAAUCCGGAACAGAAGAAAAAAAGGGAAAUGACUCUAAGGAGGUAGAAGGGAAAAAAGAAAGGACAGAGAGCCACAACUCCGAGAACGGCGGUGAAAACUCUGUGUCAGGUUCUCCUGCAGCGUCCUCUGCUGCUGCGUUAAGUACAGCUGCAGCUGCCAGCCCGUUAGCCCUGAACCCACUGUUACUAUCUAAUAUUCUUUAUCCAGGGAUGCUUCUCACUCCAGGCCUUAAUCUUCAUAUUCCAGCUUUGUCUCAGUCCAACAGUUUUGAUGUACAGAAAAACAAAAACAGUGACUUAGGCUCAUCUAAGUCUGUGGAAGUAAAGGAAGAAGAUUCCAGAGUUAGAGAUCAGGAAGACAAAGGGGGAACUGAACCGAGUCCUCUCCAUGAAAACAGCACAGAUGAGGGUUCAGAGAAAGCCGACGCUUCAUCUGGAUCUGAUAGUACAUCAUCGUCAUCCGAGGAUUCAGACUCUAGUAAUGAAGACUGA